GAAUAUUACUGGCCUUGAACUCGGCUCAGGGUGAAAGUCAAAAGCUCGCCAUUUUCUAGACUGAUGUCCGCUUAAACCUUUCUUCCCAAAACCUUCAGUGAAAACGCUGCACAUGGUAAAGACAGACUAUGAAGUGUGACGCAGUCAUUGCAUCGAGCUCAAACAAUCUCGCUGCUUCCUGAUUUGUGUCGUCAUUUGAUGGAGAUGUGGAGUUCUUUCGGUAACUACUCCUGGUUGGACAUUGUCAACAUCGCGCAAAUUGGGAGGAAGCCAUCAUCCUGUGGACUGUGGUAGUAGUUAAAUAGAGAGUUUGGUCCUCGGCAGAGACCAGCAUCCCACCCUUGUGCACUCAGCUGCCACUUGUAGUUGAGACUGAUGUGACCCGCUUCUCGCCGCUCCAGGGAUGCAACAUUCCGACAGCAGCAUCACGACGGGCGUCAUCCAAAAGCUCGGCUUCCUCGACUACAUCAUCUUCGCCACCCUCUUGCUGACGUCCAUGGUCAUCGGCGGCUACCAGGCGUACCGCGACCGCGAGAACGAGUCGGUGGUGAACUUCUUGAUGGCGGAGCGCAACAUGCAUCCGCUGCCCGUGGCGUUGUCGUUGUUGUCCAGCUACGUGUCGGCGGUGAGCAUGCUGGGGGUGCCGGCCGAGGUGUACUUGUACAGCACCCUGUACAUCUGGAUUGGGGUCAGCUACCCGCUCGUCAUGCUGGCCACCGCCUACAUUUACCUGCCCAUCUUCCACGCUCUCAGGAUCACCAGUGUGUACGCGUAUCUGGAGAAGCGUUUCUCUAAGAUGAUCCGGGCUGUGGCGGUGAUAACAUUCGUCAUGCAGAUGAUUUCUUACAUGGCGCUAGUUCUGUAUGCACCGUCACUGGCGAUACAUUCUGUGACUGGAUUUUCUCUCUGGAGCGCGGUGUGGAUUGUUGGGAUCGUGUGCACGUCCUACACAGCCCUCGGCGGCAUCAAGGCUGUGAUGUGGACGGACGUCUUCCAGUCGGCGGUGAUGUUCGCGGGGCUGCUGACGGUGGCCAUCAAGGGCAUGAUGGCGGUGGGCGGCAUCGCCACGGCUUGGGACGACUUGUACACCUCUGGACGAGUUGUCUUCGCUGAGUUUAGCCCAGAUCCGUCAGUACGUCACACUGUGUGGUCCUUAUUCAUCGGCGGAUUCUUCUCGGUGUUGGGCAUCUACGGGGUCAACCAGGUUCAGGUCCAGCGCUUGUGCACCAGCCGCACGCUCUGUGGCGCUCAAAUUGCUCUCAUGCUGAACGUUCCUCUCUUGUGGUUCUUCUUGCUUGCGGGGCUGGUAACCGGUGUUGCCAUCUACAGCUUCUACAGCACCUGCGACCCUCUCAGUGUCGGCAUCAUCAACAGCACGGAUCAGGUUCUGCCUCUCUUUGUUAUGGAUGCGAUGGGUAAGGAACCUGGAAUUCCGGGACUGUUCGUGGCUUCCAUCUUCAGUGGCGCGCUCGGUACAAUAUCUUCAGGCCUCAACUCCGUGUCAGCAGUUCUGCUGGAAGACAUCAUCAGAUCACACCUGGAUGAGACCAUCGGCGAAACGCAGAUUAAAAACCUGUUGCAGCUGAUCAUACUGAUGAUUUCUCUCCUCUGUCUGGCGGUGGUGCACAUCGUUGCGGAGACCAAGAACAUCCUGCAGGCUGCUUUAUCGCUGUAUGGACUGUUCGCCGGUCCCAUCCUCGGCCUCUUCUCCCUGGGCUUGUUCUUUCCUUGGGCCAACGAAUCGGGGGCGCUGGCGGGGUUACUGGCGAGCCUGACCGUCAUGGCCGGGAUUGUGCUCGGCAGCAUCAUCACGGUGCCCUCAAGCAAGUUCCCCUACUCUCCUAGAAACACGCACGGCUGUCCAAACAUAACAGAGUUCAUGAAGUUCAUCAGCAACAACACCAGCACGGCGACACCGACACCAGCGGACGCCGAAAGGUGGUUUUUCUACCCCCUCUUCACCAUUUCCUACAUAUGGUACGGCAUGUACUCGGUCAUCAUUGUUAUCGUCGUCGGCCUCCUCGUCAGUUUUGUAACAGGCCCUACAAAGCCUUCUGAGAUCAACCCAUGGCUCAUCUGCCCCAUCUUCGACAUCUUGCCGCCCUUCAAGUUUCUACCUGAGCCUACACGCAAGCUCCUACGAUGGGGAGUGCGCCCCAGGGAAAUAAACAACCUGGAGGAAGUGCAGGAGUGCGACAUAAGUGUGGAAAAGUUUAGUUCUGAUGAUGAAUACAACGACGACGAAAUGUCCAUGACGAGGGAAAGGAAGCGCAGCUCUAAACCGAAUUCUGUCCACCCUUCCUAUGGUGACAUUGGUAAUUAGUGGCUACCAUGGUUACGCAUCUUCUUAUAUUCCCCACCCCGGCACCCGGCACACACGCGCGCGUCACGCGCACGCACACGUUUUCUUGGGUGGUUCGUGGGCCAACAUUUUGUUCUUGUCACCAACACAGAGAGAUUCGAGAGUUUGGAGGUUCAAAUCUCGUCUGCGAUGUGCUAUUUAUUUUCUGCGGGUGAUACUUGUUUGCGGGUGACUGUUUAUUCUUAGUUUCUGGCUCAGAGUAAAACUGGUUUGUGGAAAUACCUUCUUCCAUUCUUCUUUUCCUUCCUCAGUCUCGUUCUUUCAAGCAUCCCAGCCAUGUUGCCGCUUUGUGGGGAGUUAUUGUUCAGAGACAAAUAAAACUAAAUGA